AACUGACUAUUAAAACCACUGAGUAUUUAUAUAUAAAUUACUUGGCAUCAUUUCCUCAGUGUCAGUUUCUUGGUAUUCAUUGAACAUUUCAAACACAACUAAGAUGUGUAACCAAAAAGAAGUUUUGCUCCUGGCGUUCAUAUGCCUGAGUUUAGGCAAACUUGUGGACUCCUCUGAACAAGUGCUGACCGACAUGUCAACCAACUUUGUGAAGGCGUUGGAUGAAUGUAAGAAAGAGGAAGGCCUGCCGGACACCAUCACCGCUGAUUUCAUACACUUCUGGAAGGAAGACUACGCGCUCACGAGCCGCCUCACGGGCUGCGCUAUCCUGUGCUUGUCCAAAAAACUGGAGAUAGUGGAUCCUGACUUGGAACUGCAUCAUGGCAACACAAAAGAGUUUGCUAUGAAACAUGGGGCAGAUGAGGAGCUAGCCAUGGACCUAGUGACUAUAAUCCACGAUUGCGGCAACAGUAUCCAGCCUAAUGACGACCAGUGCGUGAAGGUGCUCGAGUGGGCCAAAUGCUUCAAGGUGGAAAUCCAUAAGAAAGGCAUGGCUCCGUCCGUGGAGAUCGCUGUGGGAGAAGUGUUGGCUGAAAUUGCGAUGGUUUAAGAGGCUAGUGAUUUACCUAGAGAUCUGGGUAAUAUACUAACAUAAUUCUUCUAUACUGGUAACCAAAAUUAAGAAUAAACAGCAGUAAAAAACAAAA